AUGUUCUGCCUCAGAUCUUGGGUGCUGCUUCUCGUGUGUCUCAUCAACCAAAGCCCUCUGUACAUCUUGCUCUUCCUGUCCGCGAACUAUGUGCUACAGCGGCCCUGCGUGUAUUGCUCUAUCCUCCUCUUCGUCCUCGUCUUCUCCCUCUUCGACUUCAGCGCCGACAUCUUCGAGCCGCGAUGGAAUGAGAACGCUUUCACGACGAUGUCGAAGACCGCGACAUCAGUACUUGGAGGAAAUGCGACCUUCACAGAAGCAGUGCUAGAGACAGCCAGUCUUGCACUCUCGGCAGUCAACGGGACGGGCGGCAGCAUAGCGAGCGCAACGAUCGACGGUCUACGGCAAAGACUCAUGGCUGAGGCUGCUCCAGUCGUCAGUGCGACGGCUUCGAGUACUAUGAACGGAACGAACGGCUUUGUGUGGCUGCGUACUUUGACGGACAAAUUUCAGUUCAGAAUACCGUGCUUGGACGUCGUAGUACGGUUAUGA